GAGCUUAGCUCAUUUCAUUUCUCUCUCUCUCUCACACACACACACACCGAAAUCUGAGUCCACACACAAAAAAAUGCCGAUAGACACAUCCGCCAAGAUCUUCGUCGCCGGUCACCGCGGACUCGUCGGAUCCGCCGUAGCCCGAAAACUCCACCAAUUAGGCUACACAAAUCUCCUCCUCCGUUCACAUUCCGAUCUCGAUCUCACAAACCAAUCCGCCGUCGAAUCCUUCUUCGCCGCCGAGAAACCUCACUACGUCAUCCUCGCCGCCGCUAAAGUCGGCGGUAUACACGCAAACAACACAUAUCCAGCCGAUUUCAUCACUGUAAAUCUCCAAAUCCAAACAAACGUCAUCGUUUCGUCAUUCAAUCACAAAGUCCAGAAGCUUCUGUUCCUCGGUUCCUCAUGUAUUUACCCUAAGUUUGCACCUCAGCCAAUUCCCGAAAAUGCCCUUUUAACUGCCCCUUUAGAACCUACAAACGAAUGGUACGCUGUUGCAAAAAUAGCCGGUAUCAAAAUGUGUCAGGCUUAUAGGCUACAACAUAAUUUUGAUGCUAUUUCAGCAAUGCCGACAAAUUUAUACGGUACAAAUGACAAUUUUCACCCUGAGAAUUCACACGUUUUACCUGCAUUAUUACGUAGGUUUCAUGAAGCAAAAAUUAACAACCUAGAUAAGGUUGUUGUUUGGGGUACAGGUUCACCUUUAAGGGAAUUUUUACACGUGGAUGAUUUAGCUGAUGCUGUGAUAUUUUUAUUAGAUAAUUACAGUGAUUUAGAACAUGUGAAUGUAGGGAGUGGGAGUGAAGUUACUAUAAAGGAAUUAGCUGAGUUAGUUAAAGAAGUUGUGGGGUUUAAGGGGGAAUUGAUUUGGGAUUCGAGUAAGCCGGAUGGGACGCCGAGGAAGCUUAUGGAUACUUCAAAGCUUGUUGGAUUGGGAUGGACACCCAAGAUUUCGCUUCGGGAUGGUCUUGUUGAUACCUAUAAAUGGUAUUUGGAGAAUUAUGGCAAGCAAUAGUUCAGGUGAUUGUUGAAUGUUUCCCUGUGUUAUUUUUUUAACUGCAAGAUAUGAGAUUGUUAUUCUUGUUUGUUACAUUGCUCAAGGAUUAUUAUAAUAAGCUUAUGGAAGCUUAGUUGAGUUAUUGAUUAUCUUUUGUAUUGGUUUGAGUACUAUGUUUAUGUUAAUUAUUUUUUUCCGCA